ACCAAAAGUAGAACUAGGGCUCAUUGCAACCUCUAUCGCUCUUCAAAUCUUAGGACUAGGGUUCUGCAAAAUUUCCUCUCAAAAUUCAAAAUUCUCCAAAGAAAGAACGAAAAUUUAAAACAUGGGAAGGUACAGAAGUCGAAGCCGGAGCCGAAGCUACAGCCCUGCAAGGCGCAAGCGCUAUGACGACCCUCGGGACCGGCGCCGGGAACGCCGUAGCUCUCCUGCCCCCUCUGGGCUUCUCGUUCGUAACAUCUCUCUUAGCGCAAGGCCCGAAGAUCUUAGGAUUCCAUUUGAAAGAUUUGGUCCAAUAAAGGAUGUUUAUCUUCCAAAGAAUUAUUACACUGGGGAACCUCGUGGCUUUGGAUUCGUGAAGUUUCGCAAUCCUGAAGAUGCAGCUGAGGCAAAGGCGCAUUUGAAUCGUUCAGUUAUUGGAGGACGGGAGAUAAGAAUUGUUUUUGCUGAGGAAAAUAGGAAAACUCCUCAGGAAAUGCGCAAAGUUUCACGUCUGAGUAAUCGAGGAAGCUACAGGAAGCGGAGUCCAUCAAGGUCCCCAAGGCGCCAAUAUCGCUCUUACUCACGCUCUCCUUCUCCAACAAGACCUGACUUGAGGGGCCGGGAUCGUGGUGCACGUGAAGAACGCUACUCUCCUCAAGGAUCCAGAUCAAUUUCUAGAUCUGUUUCUCCUAGAGAAGAGAGAAGUUACAGGCCCCAUGAGAGAUCCCCAAGGCAAUCCGGGUCCAUUUCACGAUCAGCUUCUCCUUGCAAUGAGAAACAUGACAGGCCAAGCCGCCAACAUUCAACUCCAGGAGGUAAUGACCACAGAGUUCUUGUUGUUGACCAUGUGCCUAGCAGGUCCCAGAGUCCUCGAAGGAACUCUCCUAGUCCAUCUAGAUCUCGUUCUAGAUCCUAUAGUCCUCGUUGAUGGCUGUUUUGGUUGCAUUGUAACCAUCUCAAGAUUAUAUCACUCUGCCUGAAGAAGUGCUGCCUGCGAUCUUAGUACCCUGUGAUGAUGACUGGAGAUGUGAAAAUUAGACCUCUAGCGGACUGAAAUGUCGUCAUGUGUUUUUUCGCAACAAUAUCUGUUUUUCUUUGUUAUAUUUUUGUUAUAUUACACUCUUAUGCGAAUGCUUUAUAUUUCAGUUUCAAGGAUUGUUACUAGUUAACAUGGAUGUUUCAGUUUCUUAUACACUAUUCUACUUAAAAGAA